AACGUUGACACCCCUCACCCAUAUAUUAUCAUUUUUCAUUUCUUUAAAAAAAAAAAAAACAAAAAAAAGAUGCCUGCUUGGUGGGGUAAAAAAUCAACCAAGAACAAAGAUCAUCAUCAAGACAAGAUUUUUAAGGAUAACCCAGUUGUUAUUUCACCCAAAAAUGAUACUCCUAGGAGCUUAGACGAUGUCGUUUCGGUCCCACGUUCAUCUGUUAGGAGCUCCGGGUCAGCUUCCGGGUUUUCGGGUUUUGGGUCGGAUCGAAUUGGGCAUCCGUUGCCUCAGCCGUGUACCUCACCCUCAACGAUGUCGUUUGGAGUUACUGAUAGUCAUGGGUCUGUUGUUCACGGAUCCGGGUCGUUUUCUUCAAGUGGUGGUGAAUCCUCUGUUUCCUCUGUUCCUGAUGAACACAAUAAUAAUCAUAACAAUCUUGACCAUGCUCAAUCGGGUGGUUUCAGAGGCUAUGGGGAGAUGAAAUUCAGCCCUCAGCCGAGAAGCCCAGGUCCAGGAUCAAGGCUGCCAACCACAACCACUUCGCCUCUUCAUCCACGGUUUGUGGGUUCUAGUCUUGAUUCUCCGAACAAAAGUGAAGGCCAUCCAUUGCCCCUUCCACCUAGUUCACCAACUAGCCCUUCUACUCCAUUGUCUGGUACCAGAAUUUGUAGCUCUCCUAGUAGACCUUCGGCUGUGUCAAAUGCAAAAAAUGUCGGUGUAGCUGAAAACUCAAAUUAUCAAUUAUCAAAGUGGAAGAAGGGGAGACUAUUGGGUAGAGGCACUUUUGGGCAUGUUUACCUUGGAUUUAACAGUGAGAGUGGGCAGAUGUGUGCAAUAAAAGAAGUAAAGGUUGUUGCGGAUGAUUCGUCGUCGAAAGAAAGUCUAAAGCAAUUGAAUCAGGAGAUCACUUUGCUCAGUCAACUUUCACAUCCAAACAUCGUCCAGUAUUAUGGAAGUGAACUGGGGGAAGAAACACUGUCAGUUUAUUUGGAAUAUGUCUCUGGUGGUUCUAUUCACAAGUUACUUCAAGAAUACGGACCAUUUAGGGAGCCAGUAAUUCAAAAUUAUACUAGGCAAGUCCUAAGUGGGCUUGCUUUCUUACAUGGAAGAAAUACUGUACACAGGGAUAUCAAAGGUGCAAAUAUUUUGGUAGACCCAAACGGUGAAAUCAAGCUUGCUGAUUUUGGCAUGGCAAAACAUAUAACAAAUUGUACUUCUAUGCUCUCUUUCAAAGGAAGUCCAUACUGGAUGGCACCAGAGGUAGUAAUGAAUACAAAUGGUUACAACCUUGCGGUUGAUAUCUGGAGCUUAGGAUGUACGGUUCUUGAAAUGGCCACAUCAAAACCUCCCUGGGGUCAAUAUGAGGGGGUGGCUGCGAUUUUCAAGAUCGGAAACAGCAAAGAUAUGCCGGAAAUUCCUGAUCAUCUUUCGAAUGAUGCAAAAUCAUUUAUAAAACAAUGCCUACAACGUGACCCGUCUUUGCGUCCCACAGCAUCAAAACUAUUGGACCAUCCAUUUGUACGUGAUCAAACUACAACGAGAAGCGCCAAUGUCAAUCUAACCAAAGAAGCAUUUCCUAGUGCCUUUGAUGGAAGUCGUACACCGACGGUCUCGGAAAUGCAUUCCAACAGAAACACUCGUUCAUUUGAUAUAAUGGCAUCUAAAGGGGCAAUAUCGAGUCCGAGGCAAAAUGGAAGAACAAUUACUUCUUUGCCCGUUUCUCCGACAGCAAGCCCUGUAAGGCAGCACAGACAACCUGCAUACAAAAGCUGUUAUCUUUCUCCACCACAUCCAUCAUAUACUCUUGUUGGCCAAAGUAGUCAAACUUUUAACGACAUCUUGGCGCCUCCAACGAGACCCAAUGCUAAAGCUGUACUUGACCCAUGGUACGAAAUUCCCCAGUAUAGAGCCCAAACUCCCAAUAGAUCUCCAAGAUCACCACUCAUUUGACAAUAAAAUACAGACAGCUUUCGGUAUAAUUUUAUCCUUGUUUGUGUUCCAGUUGAUGCAGCAAUCUUGCUGUUGAUAUCAAACGGGUUUCUUCGUGAUUUGAUGUAAAUAGAAACUGUUAUACUGUGAGUAUCUUUUUUGGGUGUAUACAAAAACAUGAUACUUGAGGGUUUAAGUCAUCUGAUAAGUAGUUUUUUCUUAAUGCGAUUCAUGUAAGUUCGUGCUGAGAAGCAUAUCGGGGGAUUUUUGGAAAGAAAACUGAAGCUUUUUGGCAAUGAAUCCUUGCUUUGAGAUGACCA